AUGUCCGACAGCCUCAAGAGAAAUGUUGUUGACGUUCUCACUGGAAACUUUGAUUCGCAGAUUCCAAGCAAAAUAGUCAACGAAAUUUUUUCGAACAUAUCACAAGACCAAGUCCACCAGAUGUGUGAACCUUUAUGUCAUUCGUAUCGGUGUCGCCACGUGUGGAGUGCCGGGGAGCAGUCGUUCAUAUACCGUUGUCGAACGUGUCAGACGGGCCCGAACUCGUGCAUUUGUGUUGAGUGCUUUCAAAAUGGUGAUCACAAAGGACAUGAUUACUCAUUGCAGAAGAGUGGGAUAGGUGGUGCAUGUGACUGUGGGAGUGAAUUAUCGUGGAAAGUGAGUGGGAAUUGUAAACAUCAUGGGAAACACAUGACACAGAAUGUCGACGAGAUAACACCGGAACCAUUCAAAAGUAGUUUUGAUGAGAAUAUGGAAAUAGUCUUAAGACUGUUAGUGGAGACAUUGCAAUCCAUUUUUGUCAAAGUCCAUAACAAGGAAGUAGUCUCGCAAGUCCUUCAAUAUGGGGUUUUGACUGUAUUAAAAAUCAUUAGGAAAUGCACGGAGAUCGAUUUGUUUGAGUUCCGAUUUAUCAAUUUGAUGGAGAGAAUGAAAGGAAGAUACAACUGUCGACUUCUCACAGAAACUCCAAGUGAUUUUGGUGUUGACGAAUUUCUGCUGGAUGUCUGUUUGAUCGACUGUGAAUUGUUUGCGGAUGAACUUUCACUGUUAAUAUUAGGGUUUCUAAGUGAUGACAAAACCGUCGAGCGGUUGUAUGAAAUGUUUAUUGACAACUUCAUUUGUGUUGUGAAUUCGGGUGAUGUGUGUCAAGUGACAAUUGACAACUUGAAUAAAUUGGCGUGUCAAUUUACAUCAAACACGCCAUUUAAUAAACAAUUCUUCUUUGGAAAAGUUGAACGUGUAAUGUCGUAUUUGCGAGUCAUACAAACGUUUUUCAGUGAGAAGAUCAAUAAAGGACAACUCUCGAAGAGUGAAAUAGAUGUGAUGAAUGUCUUCACUAACGAACUGUUUACUAUUGUUAACUCGGCACCAGAGAAGUUCUUUGAGAACGAAAUGGUAUUGAACAAUUACAUUCACUGCUUGAACUCACUCAAUUUCUUUAACAAAGAAUAUCGGCAGAUGUCCGAACACGUCCAAUUUGAAAAUCAUUUGGACUACACACCUUUCCAAGUCAAAGAAACUUUUCUUAAUGUUGGUAUUCUGUCGCUUCAAAAUUCAAGUCCAGACGUCGUGAAAAAAGCAAUUUGUUAUGGUUUAAAGGAAUAUUUAGAAGAGUAUCACAAAACAAUAGUCAAAGAACCUGUCGUGGGAGUUAAUCAACCAAUUUCAAUGUACUACCCGUCACUCACUUUUGCAAUGUUUGGCAUCUCGUUGGUCAAAGACCCUUUAGAAUUUUACAGAACUCUUCCAUAUCAAACGGACAUUUUGACAUACCCUUUAAUGUUCCAACAAUUUCUUGCAGAGUCUGAAUUAGCGUUGUGGAGAAAGAACGGAGACUCUGUUGAAUUAAAAAAGUUGUGUCGGCUGACGAGUUGUGGAUAUCAACUUGAAGCGGACACAUUCUUGUUUCAACUAGCCGCAUCUGAUCCACUGCAGUUACUUGAUGUAAUGAUGUUUGUAAAUAAGGUACCUUUGUUUGACAAAUACAUGAGUGAAAACACGGAGAAAGGGAAACUUGAAGAAGUGAAUGAGUGUGUAGCGGGUGCCAUAUCAUUUUUACAAACAGUGUACAACGUGUUUUCAGACCCAAUUUUCUCAUCAAAAUUGAAUUAUCAUGACCACACUGUUUAUAACUUCAUUCACUUGUUGGCAGCACAACACACAGUAGCAAGCGAACUGUUUAGUGGAACUCCGCAUGGCGAUGCUAAAGAUGUUCAACUCGAUGCUGUCAUAGAAGAAGUUUCUGAAGUUCAAAAGCGGCUAUCUUUAAAGCCAGAACUGUGGAAAUUUGUGAAUCCCUUUUUCCCAUACAUUAAUUCAGUCGAUCGCGAGAAAAUUCAGACGGAACAUGCCCUUAAGAUGAAGAACAAACUUCCAGAAGUCUAUAUGUAUGAGAAAAGAAGUCCACAAAUGAAGCAGAAUCUCCUCAAUUUACUUCAUUCAAUCACAUUAACAAAACUGAUGUGUAAGUUUCUGGAUUGGUGUAAUAACCCUGAUGUCAUUGCAGACAUUGAACUGCUUCUGAGACUCAGAAUAUCAUAUUGUGAGGGUAUAACAUACAACGAGACCCACAAACAAUUGUUGUUUGAAAUUGGAAGACGGUUGGCGGGUAAUACACAAGUCGGAGAAGUCACUGCGAACUUGUCGAAGAACACCGCACUCGACGAUUUACUCAAAGGGUUUUUAACUGUCCGCAAACCAAAUGUCUCGAAGGACAAAGAAAUAUUGAAAUUGGCGAAGGAGAGCGCAUUAAAGAAGAUGAGGAACAAAUUAAAAAAGUUUGAUGAGAGUCAUGUCUGUAAAGAAGUUGGACAAACGGAAACCCCCGACGCUGAUACAUCAGAGAUCUGUUGCAUCUGUAGCUCGAAGGAUAAUUUAGGGUUCCAGGCACACAUUGAAGUUUGUGAUGCUAUCAGAGCGUGUCAGUUCAUUGAAACGCAUGAGAAUGUGCUUGGGGACAACACGACAAGUCUUUGGAAGAAGCCGUAUGGGUUUGAGAAUGGGACGUGGGAAUGGAGUCCCCAUCGGAAUCCGUUAUGGAAUGAAAGUCGAGAUGACCAAGAGUUCAGAAUUAUCACUGCGUGUCCACAGAAAAUUCAUUUGCAGUGUUACAACGAGCAUUAUGAAAGAAGUGGCAAUGAGGAGAAUAUCUAUUUGUCGAAAAUAGUUGGAUGCCCGAUGUGUAAAGCUCUUUCAAAUAUCUUUGUCGAACAGUUCCAAAGGCAACCCAUUCAGCUUGAGCAAAUAGGGGAGAAGAGUGUCGUGUUUGAUAUCUUUGAAGAAGUGAAAAAGAUUGCGGCCGCCUUGGAACCUCCAAAGGAACUCGACAAGAGCAAGAGUGUGAACAUUUCAAUUACAAGGACUUUGACGUCAUGUGUCAAAUAUGAUCUUCAAAAUCCGUUGAGUUGUGCAUUUUUGGCGAUAACGAGUAUCAUCGCGUCAACUCUCAUGAGCAUUGAAAUUCAAAUGCGGAGCGGAUAUUCAUGUCGAGUGUUAGAUCAUAUGGAUUUGUUAUAUUCGUAUUAUAGAAUAGCGGAAAUAGUCUCUCAAAGUCUGACAAUUCAGUACCGACAAGAAGUACUGAAACAACUCUUAAUCUUCAGUGCAGCGAAGAAUCCACUGUUGCAGAUAUUACGAGGGUUUUUACUCGACAAAAGUAAAUGGACUGUCUUUGUGACGAUUGGAUGCAUGCACCACCUCCUCGCAGUCUACAGUGAAAUCCACAAACACACCCACCUCACUGUUCCGAUUGAAACAUAUUUACCUCGAGAAGAGAUGUUUAAAGAAUACGAGAACCAAAGUGUCAAUGAAUUAGUACAGAAGUUGAGUCAAACGUUCAUGAAGCAAUUGGACUUGUUGACUCGAAUGAUAGAUGGGAACUUCAUUCAGUCGAAAACAGAACAUCCAUUUCCAACAACUUUAAUAACUCAGUUGUGUGUGACUAAUGGGUGUAGGGGUGUCGGGGACUUCAUUCAGCCGACAAUCCCACAGAAGUACUCUUUCAUUCAUCUGCCACAGACAUAUGAACAAUUAAUUAACGAGUCACAAAAUGGGCGAUGUGCCGUGUGUGGGAUUUCUGGAUCGAAGAUCAUAUAUAACUGUGCUAUAUGUAUGACUUGCGGGUGCUUUUUGUGUUACAAAGAUGGUAAACGGAGAGAUGACAAUGUUCACAGCGAUAAACCUAUUUUCGACCAUAUGGAGAAAUGUUCGGGAUCGGUUGGGAUUUACCUUCUCGUUCACUCGGCUACUAUGGUGAUCAUCACUCCACGCAUUCAUUCGUUUGUGAAGGGGAUCUACAUCGAUCGGUUUGGAGAGUCUCCCGACUCUUCUUAUGUCUUCAAAGAGAGUUACAACCUGAAUAGAGAGCUCAUUGAAAAGAUCGAGAAGUUUUACAUGAAUGGUGAAAUAUCGUCGAGCCCCGAACUAGAUUUCUACGUGCCUAAAUUGCAUUGA